AAAGUGAGCGGGGAGGGAGAGGGAGAGAGUGAAAGGGUGAGAUAAGCAGAGAGAGCAGCAUCUCUUCAGCGCAUUCAGUUUGCAGUAGCUCAGGAAGCUGGAAGGCAGAGUAGACGUGGCGGAGAACACCAUCACCUUACCGAAGGGGGCGACACCAAACCACACCUCUCUCUCUCUCUCUCUCUCUCUCUCUCUCUCUCUCUCUCUCACACACACACAGACACACACUCUCAUACGUCACUCAUGCGUUCGUGAGGAGGAGUAAGGCACAGGAGGAGGACUACCAAUACACGCGCGCAGUUUUUGCUGGCUGUGCUGUGCUUUGGAGAGCUGUCUCUUGAAGACUGGACCAGAGCUUAAUCCAUCGCUUCAUCCAUCCUUUCCUUCCUCCCUGUACUCCAUUCCUUCAACAGAGAAGCAGCUCUCUUAUCAAAUACCUUUGCUGAUUGGCUCUCUGUCAUUCAUCUAACCUCUGAUCUGUGUGUUUCUCUCUUUUGGGACAAUUUCCGGCUUUCUCUCCCUUCAGCCAAGAAACCAAGAGACCAUCUUAAACAGCAACUAAUUAUCCAACCUUUUUGACCGCAACCAUGAACUUCCUCCGCCGCCGCCUUUCUGACAGCAGCUUCAUGUCCAACCUGCCCAACGGAUACAUGUCAGACCUCCAGAGGCCUGACCCUCCUGCUCCUCCUCCACCUACUGCCUCCUCCCCUUCCCAGCAAGGUGAAGCCCCAGCAAAUGCUCCUGCCCAGUCCCCGACUGUAGCUCCAGCAGCAUCCCAGGUGCCAGCCAGCUCCCCCGCAACCCAGGAGCGGCGUCUGAGCCAGCAGGUUCAGCAGUCUCCACAGGCCCAGUCCUCCUCUUCUGGCGGGUCCUCUGGCUUCUUUAGCUCCUUCAGCUCCAUUACCAACGCUGUCAAACAGACGGCCGCAACCGCUGCCGGGUUUGUGGAGCAGUCGGCUCCUUCCCCUUCCCUCUCCAAGAAGUUCAAGAUCCUGUUGGUCAUUGAUGAGCCUCAGCAUGAGUGGGCCAAAGUGUUUCGGGGGAAGAAAGUCCUUGGGGACUACGACAUCAAAGUGGAGCAGGCUGAGUUCUCAGAGGUCAACCUGGUCUCCCAUUCAAAUGGCACCUGUAACGUGGACAUGCAGGUCAUUAGGAGCGGGACCAAAGUGGUCAGGUCUUUCAGGCCGGACUUUGUCUUGGUUCGCCAGCACGCCUUCAGCAUGGCCCAGAAUGAGGACUUCAGGAACCUGAUCAUCGGUCUGCAGUACGCAGGAGUCCCCUCAGUCAACUCUUUGGACACCAUCUACAACCUCAGCGACAAACCGUGGGCUUUCUCCCAGCUGAUCACUAAUCAGAAGAGGCUGGGCUCAGAUAAGUUUCCACUCAUUGAUCAGACUUUCUACCCCAACUACAAAGACAUGAUCACUACACCAAGUUUCCCAGUGGUGGUGAAGAUUGGACACGCCCACUCUGGAAUGGGGAAGGUCAAAGUGGACAAUGUGAGUGACUUCCAGGAUAUUGCCAGUGUGGUGGCCAUCACUCAGACCUACUGCACUACAGAGCCAUUUGUAGACGCCAAGUAUGACAUACGGGUCCAGAAAAUCGGUGCAGACUACAAAGCAUACAUGCGGACUUCUAUCUCUGGUAAUUGGAAGAGCAACACCGGAUCUGCCAUGUUGGAACAAGUAGCCAUGACUGACAAGUAUAAGCUGUGGGUUGAUGCCUGCUCCGAGAUCUUUGGAGGGCUGGAUAUUUGUGCCGUCAAAGCCAUCUGUGGAAAAGAUGGUAAUGACUACAUAACUGAGGUUGUGGGUUCAUCUAUGCAGUUGAUUGGUGAUCACCAGGCAGAGGAUCGCCAGCUCAUCUCAGAUGUGGUGCUGUCCAAGAUGAGCCAGGCACUGUCUGCCCGGUCAUCCAGUAUUUCCCGUUCACCUGCUCGCUCCCCUCAAGGCCAGAAGGCUACUACUGUACAGCCCCAACAGAGUGCUGCCCUGAAGGAAGGAGUUCCAGAUCCAAACAGGACCUCAGGCCAGCGUCCUCAACCUCAAGGUGCACCAAUGAAGUCACAGAGUGUGGAACAAUCAUCAGAGUCAGCUAAGAGAGCAUCUGACCCAAUACCAAAGCCUGGCCAGGCCCAAAAACCUAGUCCAGGUCCAGCUCAGAAAUCAGCUCAGGCUCAAAAGCCAAGCCAAGUCCAGAGGGCAGGUUCAGUAACAAAGCCUCCAGUGCCAAGGCCUCCUCCUCCAAUGACAAGAGCCCCAUCUGUUACAAAGCCAGCCUCAGGGCCUGCUUCCACCCCAGCCAAAGCUUCACCUACUUCCCCUGCUAAAACAGCAGCAGCCACAGCAGCUCCAGGCUCUCCCCCAACAAAAGCAGCAGCAGCAGCAGUAGCCCCAACUCCAAGCCCCCCUGCAGCCUCGGCCCCGGCUCCAGUCCCAGCCUCAGCUCCCACCACAGAGCAGCCCAAGCCCCAACCUCAGGGCUCCCCGUCCCCAGCUCCUGGCAAACCAAAAGAGCUGCCCCCAAAACCCACACCACCUGCAAAGCCCAUCCCUCCUGUUCGCAGGAAUUCAAAGCCGCAGCUUCAGCCAAAGCCACAAACCCCGCCUCCUCCCAAAGCUUUACCUAAACCCCAGUCUACUGUCCAAGCCCCAGCACCCAUGCAGGCCUCAGAUACUGCCUCAGCCCCUGCUCCAACACAGGUUCAGUCCCCAGCCAAAGCAAGCCAGCCCCCGCCAAAUGUCCAGUCUCCAGCUAAACCUCAGCCCCAGGCUAAGCCACCCUCUCCUUCCCAAAACCCGGAGCCCGUCCAGGCUGAGGCAGCCGAAGCCUCCGAAGAGGCUGAGGCUUCUGGGGAAGAACAACCAGAUUCCCAGCAAAAAACCCAUCCUCUGCUGAAUAAGUCCCAGUCCCUGACCAAUGCCUUCAACGCCUUCAGCGACUCUUCUUUCUUCCGUGGGGUCUCUAGCUCUGGAGGAGAAGUCCAAGAAGAAGCGAAGGCGGAGACCAUUCGCAACCUCCGAAAGUCCUUUGCCAGCCUUUUCUCUGACUAGACACAGCCGAACCGUAGUUAGCCGCUUAAUGAUUCUGGCCACCCCUUUUACUAUUGGCCAGUGAUGACUUGACAUUAAAUGUGAACCAGUCUGAGAUUAAACUUUGUGUGUUAACUGUACUGUAUUCCCUCCGUCCCUUUCAGCUUCUCUGAGUGAGUAACAGUGAGGCAUGCUGGGUAGGAUGUUAAGUGAAUGAUGCUGUGCCAGAGUAAUUAGACUGAAGGAGUUACGUCAUUGAUAAAGACUGGAACAGAAUAGAAUAACAAAAAAGUUUAUUUUUCCCAGAGCACACUUUAAGGAACACUUUCCAAAAUACGAUAAAGUUUAAUAUUUAUGACUUUAGAUGGAAUGUACAUACAGUAUAUAAAUAUAGAUAUAUAUAUGUAUACACACAGUAUAUAAACAGAUACAUCUAGAACUAUACAGGGAGAUAAGCCAAUAAGACGAAGAAAAAAAAAUCCAGGAGCACUUUUGAUUAACUUUUGUCAGUGACAUAACUCUUUCAUUCAGUGGCUAUAUUCAGACACAUUUAAAAAAAAAAAAAAAUAGUUAGAUAAUGACAUUUGAUGGAUUCUCACCAAUGGAUUCAUUUUGGUGAAAUGUUUUGAGUGGUGAAAAAUGACUUCUCUUAAUUGGUUGUUUCUGUGUUAAUCCAGCCUUUGUGUCUCUGGUCCUUGGCUACAAACUACUGGGUUUGUAUUUGCUGCCCCCACUUUUUUUUUUUGUCUACAAGCCUUGAAGACCAAUGUUGUGUGAGGGAGUUUGAAAUAUGUGUGUGUUGUUCAUCUGUGUUUAAUCGUUACGCAUGGCUCCUCCCAAGUGGCUCGGUUUGACUUUUGGAGCAAACGGAAGCUCUAUCAGUGUUGAGUUUUCCCUCCGUUGCCUAACUCUCUCUCUCUCUCUCUCUCUCUUUCUCUCUCUCUCUCUCUCUCUCUAGAUGUUGUAGCCUUAUUGUGAACAUGUUUUCAAUUUGCAGCUACGUUUGUUAGCUGUUCAGACUUGGGUCAAUUACAAAGUGGAAUUCAUUCAUUUACCUCAAGUGUUUAAAUGGGAACAGCACUAUGGGGGACAAGAUUGAAUGCAGCUGUUAUAUAUUAGAAGCAUUGGGAUUGGGCGCAAUGUGCGACGCCGAAUAAAUCAAUCCUACAGAGUAAUUGAAUGCAUUUCAAAGAGUAUAAAGACUCAUGUCUGUAGCUGUGACUGGUGAUCUUUUGUUUCACCUCUGUGUAGAUCUAUCAACAGUAUUGUAAUUUGUUGGUUAUUCUCAUGAAAAGACAUUGAGACAGUAGUGCAAUAACACCUCGACGUGACUGUUGAGCGCUGUCACCCUAUGAAUAUAAAUAUGAUCAUACAUACAGGAUCUGUGUAUCUGUUAACUACCUUAUUCUAACAUUCCCUUUAAGGUUCCUUUCAAUGGUGACUUUCAAGGUUGCUUUUAAGUGCAGUAAGAAGCUGGGGUUUCAGAUUAAUACGGCGCAUCAAACGUCUGGUUUAUCUGAAUAUUCCUCUUUGUAUUGUUGGGUGUGAAGUUAAGGAAAACUGGAAUGAACUUUGUCAGUUGACUGGUCAUUUUCCGUUGAGUUGCUGCAUUCAAGUUCAUAAAAGUAAAAUAAAAAAUAAAAAUAAAAAAAGAAUCUCACCAAUUAACAACCGCAUAUCAACCAGUCUGCUUAUCCCUUUUCCAAUACUACGUUGCAAGUGAAUUAUAACAUUGUAUUUGUAUGUAUUUAUGUGUUAUCUCAGGAGUUUAUUUUUUGUAAUAUAUUGAUCGACGGAUUUAUUUUUUUGAGGCUCCAUAUUUAUGGUACAGUGUAUAUUGUUUGUUUUGUAUUGUGUUUGUAACGCAAUACUGCUUUGCAUGAUCUGGUGACCAAUCGUUUUUUUUCUGUACAGAUUAAAGUUAAUAAAGAUGUGGUUCCAUCAUUCCACCGAUCCACUAAGUUUCA